AUGGCUUCCCUCGUCGCCAUCCUCGACCUCAAGGGCAAACCCCUCAUCCAGCGCUCCUACAGGGACGAUGUAUCCCCAUCAUAUAUAGAGAAAUUUCUGCCGCUGAUUCUCGACAUGGAGGACGAGGGUCAGCAGGUCACGCCCUGCUUCACCAACGAGGGCAUCAACUAUAUCCACAUCAGACACUCGAACCUCUACCUUCUCGCCCUCUCGCGACGAAACUCCAACGCGGCCGAGAUCAUCUUGAUCCUUCACCGACUAUGCCAGGUCCUUGUCGAGUACUUCAAGGAGCUCGAGGAGGAGUCCAUCCGCGACAACUUUGUGAUCAUAUAUGAACUGCUGGACGAGAUGAUUGACUUUGGCUACCCGCAAACUACGGAGAGCAAGAUCCUGCAAGAAUACAUCACACAAGAGUCGCACAAGCUCGAGGUGCAAGUCAGGCCACCAAUGGCCGCCACAAACGCAGUCUCGUGGCGCUCGGAGGGCAUCUUCUACCGCAAGAACGAGGUCUUCCUUGAUGUCAUCGAGAGCGUCAACCUACUCGUUAAUUCGAAUGGAAAUGUUGUACGGUCAGAGAUCCUUGGCGCGGUCAAGAUGAAGUGCUACCUCUCGGGCAUGCCAGAGCUGCGCCUGGGACUAAACGACAAAGUCAUGCUCGAGACAACAGGCCGAACAUCCCGCGGUAAAGCGAUCGAACUUGAAGACGUCAAGUUUCACCAAUGCGUCCGCCUUUCCCGCUUCGAAAACGACCGCACGAUCUCCUUCAUCCCACCCGACGGCGAAUUCGAACUCAUGUCCUACCGCCUCUCCCAAGCCGUCAAACCUCUUGUCUGGGUCGAAGCCGCAGUAGAGAACCACAAAGGCUCGCGCGUCGAAUACAUGGUCAAAGUCCGCGCCCAAUUCAAGCGCCGCUCAACAGCGAACAACGUCGAGAUCUACGUGCCUGUACCGGACGACGCCGACUCGCCCAAAUUCAGAGCGAGCACGGGAACGGUGCAGUAUGUGCCCGACAGGAGCGCGUUCGUGUGGAAGAUUAAGCAGUUGGCUGGUGGGAGGGACUUCUUGAUGAGGGCGCAUUUCGGGUUGCCGAGUGUCAAGGCCGAGACGGAUAACAUGGAGAGGAAGCCGCCGAUCACGGUCAAGUUCGAGAUCCCGUACUUUACUGUCAGUGGGAUCCAGGUCAGGUAUCUGAAGAUCGUGGAUAAGAGUGGGUAUCAGGCGUUGCCGUGGGUGCGGUAUAUCACCCAGAACGGCGAUGACUAUAGUUUGAGGACAGCAUUAGAAAAGGGCGCCGCGCCCAUUGUACAACCAAUGUAG